UCAGAUUCUCUCUCGCUCUCAAACACGCGCACACUCUCUCUCCCUUUCUCUCUCUCUCUCUCUCUCUACACACUCUCUCUGUGUGUAUUAAUCCAAAUCUGUCCAACAAUCAAAAUCAUCACCAACCCCACUUUGUUUGUUUCCCAUAAUCUCUCUCUCUCUUAUUCUCCUUCUUCUCGUUCUUCUUCUAUAUAUUUAAUAACUUUUAGACCGACCCAAUUCUCCAGAAUUAUUUCUCAGAAAAGCCUUUGGACUCGAGCUGUUCUUAUUUGUAGAUGGUAUCUCCAUCGAUUGAGUUUUGAGGUACACAAGGACAAGCUUUACUCUUGUGCUUCCUUCGUGUUAUAUUUCUUUGUUUUGAUGGUAAAGAAGCACUACUUGUUCUCUCUUUGAUUAGUGUUGAUGUGGGUGUUGAUUGGAAUCCAGUAAUAUAUGGUGAAAACUGGAGUAUUUUCAAGUAUUGGGACAAUUGGGUGAAGGAGAAGAGAGAUUAUGACUUGUUGAACAAGAGUUGAUGACAAUUUUUUUAGUUUAGUCUUUGAAUAUCUUUAUGUAUUUCAAAGCCAUGGCAAGAAGCAGAGGGGAGAAAGAAGACUGCUACGAUAAGAGCACGGGUUUGAUCAAACUCUUGCAAGUUCUCUCCUUUCUGGUUGUUUUUGUUGUUGGUGUGGUUAUUGGAUUAGCAACAAGUGCCCACAUUAAUCGUCAUUUCGGUGCACAAACUGAGAUCUAUUCGUUUAUCAAUCACUUCUCCUCCAAGGAGACACCACGCCAAAAAGGGGAGCCCAAUUGUACCGUUGUGCAGAGUUGCGAGAGGGUUGAUUGUUUGAGCAUGGAGGCAUUUCUGGAGCCUAAGAACUUGACACAUGGUAUGCCGGAUAAUGAGCUGUUUUGGAGAGCUUCAAUGGUUCCGGCCAAGAAAGAAUAUCCAUAUCAGAGAGUGCCUAAAGUGGCUUUCAUGUUUAUGACUAGAGGACCGUUGCCAUUGAUGCCAUUGUGGGAGAGGUUCUUUCAGGGACACGACAAGCUUUUCUCAGUUUAUGUGCAUGUAGUUCCAGGGUAUAAGCUCAAUGCAUCAACCACCUCUCCUUUUUUUCGACGCCAAAUCCCUAGUCAGCCUGUUUCUUGGGGAACCAUUACACUGAUUGAUGCAGAGAGGCGCCUUCUAGCUAAUGCCUUGCUUGAUUUCUCAAAUGAGUGCUUUGUCCUCCUAUCUGAGAGUUGCAUCCCAGUCUAUAACUUUCCUACAGUGUACAAGUAUCUCAUUGGUGCUAAUUAUAGCUUUGUUGAAUCAUACGACGAUCCUGGACGUUAUGGCCGUGGGCGUUACAGCCGUAAAAUGCUUCCCGAUAUUCAGCUGUAUCAGUGGAGGAAGGGGUCUCAGUGGUUUGAACUUCGCCGCACUUUAGCUACUUUAAUAGUCUCAGAAGUACAGUACUACACCGUCUUCAGCAAAUAUUGUUUGCCUGCUUGCUACCCAGAUGAGCAUUACAUGCCAACUUACUUCAAUAUGUUCCAUGGUUCACUGAACUCUAAUCGGACUGUGACUUGGGUAGACUGGUCUUUGGGAGGACCACACCCUGCAACAUAUGGUGGAGAUAAUAUUACAGAAGAUUUUAUACGGUCUAUAAGGAAUAAUGGAGCACUUUGUCAGUACAAUUCAGAGAUGACAUCCAUUUGUUACCUAUUUGCUAGGAAGUUUGCUCCAACAGCAUUGGAGCCUCUGCUCGAGCUUGCCUCAUCCGUGAUGGAAUUUUGAGAACAUUGGUUCAUUCGGAAGAGAACUUGUGGUAGGACUGCAUCAAUAUCAUUGGUGUCCUAAUCAAUUUUGUCUUUAUACAAAUGUACAGGUAGUUUUGGAUAGAGGCAUUUGGUUCCGUACCAUUGAGAUUCAAGAGAUAUUAUUCUUGAAUAAAUUUGGAAAUCCAGCAAGUCCUGCAAAGGAAGAUGCAUCACUGUAUCCACCGUCCAGCAGCAAAACCUCAUGAUGAGAACUGGUCGAAAUGAGUUUACCAACUCUCUAACUUUAUCCAAUAGUAACCCUCCAUCACUUUGAUCAACAACUUGGUCAGAGCUUGUACUGCUCUCUGAGAAUAUCUUUUCAUUUCCAUGUUCAGAAAUCCAGUAUUCCUGUUGUGCAAAAGAGGU